CAUGGCGACGAGUCCAAACUCAGCACCUCGGCGCUCUUUUCAAACACUUUACCGCGGAAACCAAGUAACGGGAAGAAUUUAUGAUCCCAUUUUAUACAGCGAUGCAUUGUACAUCUAAAAUAAGCAUAGUGAGCAGUACUUGUCCCAAGCAAGACGUUUCUUGAAGCUUUGUUGACUUGACGCUGUCAAGUUCCUCGCAGAAUCACUGAAGCUACAUGAGCACAGCCAUGAACAGCAGCGCUGAGAGAAAGUUUGUCAACUUGAGAAAGCGUCUGGACCAGCUGGGCUACAGACAGACACUGGGCAUUGAAUCACUUCCCCUGGUGGAGAAACUUUUCAGUGAUCUAGUCCAUACCACUGAAAGUUUGCGCAAUGCCAAGCUUUCUGCAGGAAAGACUGAGAAGGAAAGUAAAAACUUUGAUGCUUUGCUUGAACCUUACAAGUCAGAAAAUGCCCGAUUGGUCAGAGAGAACAAUGAGCUCCACCUGGAUCUACUGAAGCUGAAGGAGGACAAGGAUCGUGUCAUCAAUGAGCUUAAGACACAUGUCAGGAAAUUGGACCACGAGACAACUGACCUGAAGUUUUUAAAUAACCAGUAUGUGCACAAAGUCCGUUGCCUCGAAAAGGACAGUAAAGCUAAAGGAGAACGUAUCCAGCAGCUGCAGGAGAAGAACAUGCAAGCAGUGGUGCAAACCCCAGGUGGCAAAAAACACAGUAUUCCCUUCAGGCGUCAGAGAAUGCAAAUAGAUGAUUUGAUUCCUCCCUCUUCAUCAUCUUCAUAUCCUGUGCCACAGCCUGAUGACCCCUAUAUAGCCGACAUGUUGCUUUUGGCAGACGGAAGAAUCCACGAGCUUCAAGGAGACAUUAUAAAACUUAAACUAGAUCUGGAGAAUUGCCAUGAGACAAUAAAACACCUCAACAUUCAAGUAGAGGAGAGGGAUAAAGAGAUUGACCGUUUGAAUCGCAUGCUUCAUGGAGGACGACCUCAUGACAUUAUUUCUCUUGAAGCACAAAAUGUCAGCAGCGAGAAGAUGAUCGCACACCUCAACCUGCAGAUUGAGUAUCUUCAAGAGGCCAACAGGACACUGGAGCAGAAGAUUCAGGGACUGCAGCAGAGGAAGAAACAGGCCUCCAGUGAAGUUGCCAAUCUUUCUCUGAAAAACCUGGAGCUGUGUGAAGAGCUGACACACAUCGAUGACCUCGCCAAGAAGCUGGAGCUGGACAAAGACCGAGUGUUGGAGACUGCUGACCAAGAGCUUCUAGAAAGCAAAGAAGAAAUCCAGAGACAGCAGACAAUUAUUGGAGAUUUGGAGGAUAUAAUCACAAAGCUCAGGAGGGAUCAGUCUGAGGCAGAUUUUGAGAAAGACCGCCUCAGAGAUGAGAUGGCUGAUCUAAAGGAGCAAAAUGCAAAAAUGGAAGGUCUCAUCAACUUCCUAGAAGAAGAAAAAAUAAGACUGCAAGGAAAACUGGAGAAAACGCUGGCAUCUGAUAAAGACCUGGUGCUAGAGUUGGAGGCCAUGCGGACCAAAUAUGGUGUGUGUGGAAGGGAGCGCUCUCCGUCACGACUCGAUGCUUUUGUUAAAAGUCUAGAAGAAGAGCGAGAUUACUAUCGACAAGAAGCUGAGAGAUACAAGAGAUCCCGAAGUGACACAAGCCCUAGCCUCAGUCCCUUACGGGGCAGAAGUCCCAAAAGAGGAGCCACAGAGGGUGAAGUUCGCAGAUUGGUUCAGGAGAGAGAUGAGCUGAAAAAUGUUCUUUUGGACUUUGAGAAACACAUGGAGGAUAUUCAAAACAAUGUGAAAACCCUGACCAGUGAGAGGGAUAAACUAAAGGUCUCAUUAAAACAGGCACAAGAUGAUUUAAAAGUAUCUAAGAGAGACUCGCAUGGCAUUUUUAAACUGGAGGAUGAGAUGAAAGAGGCUGAACUCAAAAUUCUACAGUUGACCUCAGAGAGAGACUUGCUACUGGACAAAUUAGAGGUUGCUCAGUCCUCUGCCCUCACUAACAAACAAGAGGAUGAAAAGAAGAUAGUUGACCUUGAGAAUUCUGUUAAAAUUUUGGAGCGUGAGAGACUGGACUUGCGUGCCCAGGUGUGUCUGUUGAAGGAGAGCAGGGAGGCUGUGGAGGAGGAGUUGAAGACUCGCUGUGCAGCUCUGGCCCAGAACACAGAGGAGACAGUUCAACAAAAGGCAGAGGCUAGUGCCCUAAGAUUAUUGCAGGAGCAGAUGGAGAGGUCUCUGUCUGACACACAGCACAGGCUCACUGUGAAGAUGAAUGAGCUCCACGCUGCGCAAGAGCAGAUCGACAAGAUGGAGCAGAGAAUGGUUGAGUUGACUCAACAGAGCUUCAGGCACAAAGAGGAAAUGUCUCUGCUGCAGAAGUCCAUCUCGGCGCUGGACAGAGAGAAGGACGCUCUGCAGGAUGAGGUGGACCUGAAGACUGAGAAGCUGAUCACUCUGCAAGACGAGCUCAACAAGAAGGAGAGGACCAUUGAAGAAGUGAGACUCACAGUUACUAACAUGGACAACUCACUGGCUCAGCUUCAGGGGGCCCUGAACAGCCGUGAGAGAGAGGUGGUUAGUCUGAGGAAACAGUUGGACACUUCUCAAGAGGAAGUGGUUGGACUAAAGAGAGACAGAGAAAUCACCAUCCGAGAGAACAGGAGACUACAGGACGACCUCGUCACAAUGACCAGAGAAAACCAGGCGGUGCAUCUAGAGAUGGAAGAAGCGUUACAUGAGAAAGACGAGCUUAAGCUAAGAGUCCACUCAUACAUCACUGAAGUGGCCAGAAUAGAAAAAGUGAUGGCUGCUAAGGUAAGAAGCCUCUUUUCUAAACAUUUCAAGAUCAACAUUUUCAUUUCGGACCGAGGUUCUGGUUGUAAUCCAAAGGAGCAGGAGAACAGAAACCUCCUGGAGCGCUUCAGAAUGGCCCAUACAGAUGUGGAAGAGCGGGAGCAGAAGCUUCAGCAGGCAGAGGGCAUCAACAACACCAUCAGACUGGAGCUGCUGUCCACUGACACAGAGCGCAGACAUUUGAGAGAGACUGUCAGCAACCAGGAGAGGGAAAUCAAACAGCAUAUGCAGGCUAUACAGGCAUAUGAGGGGCAGGUGUCUUCCCUGGUUCGUGGGAUGUCCCAUCUGGAACAGGAGCUGCACAAGGCCCGAGAGGAGAAGGCCUCUCUGUUGUCAGAUCUGGCUUCUGUCCGGGAGCUCUGUGUUAAAUUAGACUCGGGGAAAGAAAUUACAGCACGACAUCUCGCCAACAAGAGCAUGGAUCUGGAAAGGGUAACAGGGGAGCUGGAGGACGUUCGAUCAGAAGUUGAACUCCUCAAGAAGCAACUGGCCAGUGAGAGAUUAACCGUUCGUAAUCUGGAGACUCUGCUCUCCACUAACCGCCAAAAGGAAUUUCAGACGCACCUCACAGCCAGCGAGAAGGAGUCAGAGCUAAAAAUACUGCGAGACAGACUCACUCUCGCUGACAGCAAAAAUGCUGAACAUGCCCGAGAGGUGUCUCAACUGCGCAGUAAACUUUCUCAGCUGCAGACGGAGAUGGACGUGUUGAAAAGACAGCUGACCAGUGAACGCUUUGAAAGAGAGAGAGCUGUCCAGGAGAUGAGGAAACAGGGUUUGUCGUUCUCAUCUCUGAGGAGUUUAUCACCUCAUAAUGUCUCUUCUGCAUCUCAUUCCUCUCCGGAGCACUCCAUCCUCCGAAGUCUGGACCGGACUCGGGACCGCACUCAGGAUCAGAGUCUGGAGCGAACUCGGGACAGGUCCAAUGAGUUCAAGGCAGCAGACAAAAGUGUGAGCUUCAAGGAGUAACAACAUCUUACAACUGAAGAGCUAUUAAGUGAGUCUCCAAACUCCCAACGCUUUAUACCUAAUGUCAAUAUUGGUCUGUUUUUCUGCAUUAUGUCCCAAACAUACUGCCUAACCUGACAUAAUGUGGUUGUAAGUGAGCCAUGAGUCCCUACAUCAAUCCUCAGUGCCAACGUGGGACCUCAGAAAAAAUAAUAAAUAUGAAGUCAAAAUGUUUAUAGUUGUAUUUUGAAGGAUUAGUUUUUUUCUAUUUGUUGCCACCAAUAAGGUUUUGGACCACAACAGCUAAAAUGUAGCAACUACAGUACAUUAUGCGACUCUGGCUAUGAUGUUUUCAUGCUUUUUAUCUGUAAAUGUGUAAGUUAUUAAAUUAUUCU